AGGGGGGUCAGAGGGCCUGGUAUAAAAGUCACCGCUCGCCACUGCUCAAAGCAUUUUUACCGCUGCGUUGAUCACAUGACAUGGGCGGAAACUGACUCAUAUGUGCACGCUGAAUCUCCCGCGAACGCAGUCAUUUACCUCCUUUCUCUCUAGGCAGUGACACCGAUACAUCGCAACCAUGGCGGACUCAAUGGCACAGUGUGUUCCAGUGGCCACGUUUAAGCUCGUCCUGGUAGGAGAUGGAGGCACAGGAAAAACGACUUUUGUGAAAAGGCACAUCACAGGAGAGUUUGAGAAGAAAUAUGUUGCAACUCUGGGAGUAGAGGUUCACCCACUGAUGUUCCACACCAACAGAGGACCCAUCAAGUACAAUGUGUGGGACACAGCUGGUCAGGAGAAGUUCGGAGGCCUGAGAGACGGCUAUUACAUUCAAGCUCAGUGUGCUAUCAUAAUGUUUGACGUCACCUCACGAGUCACCUAUAAGAACGUGCCCAACUGGCAUCGUGAUCUGGUCCGUGUCUGUGAGAACAUUCCCAUCGUCCUUUGCGGCAACAAAGUUGACAUCAAAGACAGGAAAGUCAAAGCCAAGAGCAUUGUGUUUCACCGUAAGAAGAACCUGCAGUACUACGAUAUUUCGGCCAAGAGUAACUACAACUUCGAGAAACCGUUCCUGUGGUUAGCAAGGAAGUUGAUCGGUGACCCCAACCUGGAGUUUGUGGCAAUGCCCGCCCUCGCUCCCCCAGAGGUCCAAAUGGACCCCAACCUUGCUGCGAAGUACGAAGAAGAGCUUCAAGUUGCAUCACAAACGGCACUCCCAGACGAAGAAGAUGACCUUUAACCUGUUACCUGCAUUUUCCCUCUCUCACCCCCCAAUGUGGACAGAAAGUUGUUGGAGUUUUGCCCCCUUAACUGUAAAAUCCCUUUUCAGAUUUUUUAUUUUUGAAUUUUUUUGUUUGUUUGAAAACUAAGAAAAGAAAAAACUUGAUGGAAAAGUCGUGGUUCUAAAUUCACUGUAUGAGACACAACCACCCUAGUGUUGUUGGCAUGGCAACGUGCUACUCUUCAUCAUCGAGCACCCUCCGCUGCACUGACCUGGCUCUCAUAAUGCUGUUGUAAGGUGUACUGGAAACACUUAGGGGAGUAAACUUUGAAUAAAAACAUUCUCAAUAUAA